GUGAGCCUCCGGUCGCUCUCCCAAGUUCUAGUCAAACUUGCCGUAAUAUGAUAUCAAAAUUCACGUCCAAGCAUAGCCAUUGGUUACAAUGGGUCAGCGCUAUGGCAGCUCAACAGAUGCUAUUCGUCGGCGGGUUGAUGCUGGGCUGGUCAUCACCGUACCUGGCUCAAUUGACAGCCCCGGAUUCACCACUGCCCAUAACAACAGACGAAGCGUCUUGGGUAGCAUCGCUGAUCAGCAUGGGUCGGUUAUUAGGAGCCGUUCUUGGAGCAGUCAGCGUUCAAUAUUUCGGAAGUAAAAGAACGCUGAUCUUGAUCGGUUUCCCAUUCAUCCUCAGCUGGAUUUGCCUCAUCGUUGCGAAUUCCGUAGUUUGGCUGUACGUGGCGAGGUUCUCCUCCGGAGUGAGUAUAGGCAUGGCUUUCAGCAGCUUUCCCCUUUUCAUCGGAGAAAUUUCAAGCCCUACGAUUCGAGGAGCGUUGGUGACCCUUUCGACGACUGGACUGCCGGUCGGAACGCUAGCUGGCAAUAUAAUCGGUGCCUACAUCUCGAUGGCGAUCUUCUCCUACAUCAGUCUUGUGCCUACCGUCUCUUUCAUCAUCCUCUUUCUCUGGUUACCGGAGUCUCCUCAUCAACUCGUUCGCAAGGGGAAACUCGAAGCUGCAGAGAAGUCGAUACUCAGAUACAACCCAAAGGCAGACGUCAAAGUCGAAGUAGCCGCACUUAACGAUUUUAUAACCAGCUCAAUCGCUCUGACAUUCAUGGAUCGACUGCGAGAAUUUAAUAUACCGCGAAAUCGGAAGGCUGGUAUCAUCGUCGUCCUCUUGUACACGUUCAUGCAAUUUAGCGGAUUAAACAGCGUGACAUUUUACAUGGAGAUCAUCUUGACUGAUGCCAAGCUGACCAUCAUCGACCCUGCUAUGAUGGUCAUAAUUCUUGGGGCACUCGGAAUCGUUGCCGGAUGGCUCGCGAUGUACAUGGCCGAUAGGUUAGGUCGGAAGAUUUUGAUGGCCGGCUCGAGUCUCGGAGUAGCGUUGUCCAUGGUGGCCCUUGGAGUGCAUUUUAUUCUUCUCGGACAAGGCUUUGACCCCGAGUCAUUGCAAUGGCUGCCAAUACUAUCCCUGGUAAGUUACCAGGUGUUUGUCUAUCUGGGAGUGACACCCGUUCCCAGUAUGAUUCUCAGCGAGAUAUUCGCGCCCAACAUAAAAAGCAUGGCAGCUUGCUUGGCAAGCAUUUCUGCGGGAUUGACUGGAUUCAUUUCCUCUAAGACUUAUCAACCGCUAGUAGAUGUUUUUGGCGAGGCAUACGUCUUUUGGAUUCAGGCAGCGAUAAUGGUUAUUGCAAUGAUAUUCACGCUGGUUGUCGUGCCGGAAACGAAGGGAAAAUCGUUACAAGAGAUUCAGCAAUUGCUGAUGAACAAGUAAAAUCUCACA